AUGUCGUUCCUUUCGAGGAUUCUACCAUCGUCUGAAGCGUUCCAAAGUAAAGAUGCGUUCUUAAAUGCUAUUCGUGUCGAAGACACUCUAGUCGUCGGCGAUGAUAAGUAUGUUGACCCAGAUCCAAAAUUUCUAAAUCAAGAUUUGGAGCCUACUCCACCAGAGAAGAGAACAUGGGACACUUGGACAUACAUCCUGCUAUAUACCGGAAUCUCAUUCGGAAAUUGGACUCUUGGUUCGACAAUGAUUGGCAUCGGUCUCAACUGGUGGCAGGCGAUCGUUGUAAUAUUUGCUUCGCAAAUGAUUUCGUCAAUUGCAAUGGCCUUCAACUCCCGUGCUGCGACCAUGUACCAUAUCGGCUAUCCCACAGUGGCCCGAGCCGUCUUCGGGAUGUACGGUAGCUACUAUUUUGUGGCCGCCAGAGCUGCCCUCGCGAUCAUCUGGUUUGGUGUUCAACUAUACACUGGUGCAUCAUACCUUUCCAACAUGAUGCGAGCGAUCUUUGGGAGUCACUUUGCGAACAUCCCAAACCAUAUCCCUGAAUCUAUGGGCAUCACCACCAAGGGCAUGCUAUGCUUCUUCCUUUUCUGGCUCAUUCAUUUCAUUUUCUGUUUCUUCCGACCCUAUCAGCUGAAAAAGUUCUUCUGGUUCAAAGGCUUCGUCAUGGUUCCAGGUAUUGUGGGUGUCUUCAUCUACUGCAUGAUCGCGUGCCACGGUAAUGUCAGCGGUGCUCUUCCCAGCUCUACGGGUGGAUCACUUGGGUGGUUUAUCAUGCACGCGAUCAACAGUGGAAUGGGUAAUACUGCCACGCUGAUCACAAACCAACCUGACAUCGCACGUUGGAGUACAAGCAAGAACGCGGCUAUCACAUCUCAGCUAUUUGUCCAACCAAUCGCUGUAACCCUCUCGGCGACAUUCGGUAUCUUGGCUACAGCUGGUAUUAAUAGACAGUGGGGUUUGGAACUAUGGAACCCCUGGGACCUGCUCGACGAGAUUCAAACGCGCAAUAAUCACCCGGGCGCUAGAUUCGCGAUCUUCCUUGCUGCAUUCUGCUGGAUGAUAGGAAUUCUCGGGACAAACAUCGCUUGUAACAUGAUUCCAUUUGGAUCCGACUCCGCUCUUCUUGUUCCCCGCUUUAUUGAUAUGCGUCGCGGAUUUUUCAUUGUCGAGUUCCUUGCAUACGCCAUCGUACCUUGGAAGAUCAUGGCCUCUGCAGCAACUUUUACGACAUUUUUGUCGGGAUAUGGUCUUUUCAUGGCGAGCGUUGUGGCGAUUAUGAUUGCAGAGUAUUUCAUUUUGUCAAGGGGCAACGUGUUUAUUGCUCAUCUUUACAACCCCACAAAGUCGAAUCCGCAUUACCGAUACACUGGCGGCUUCAAUAUUCAAGCUAUCAUUGCGUACCUAGUUGGUAUUGCCUUGCCAUUCCCUGGGUUUGCAGUGUCCCUUGGUGCGAGCGGACUGAAUCAAUCAGCCACAGACAUGUUUGACCUGGGUUGGCUUUUGUCUUUCUUCGCCUCCUUGAUCCUUUAUCCACUCAUCUGCUGGGUCUGGCCAACAGAGAAUCAAAAAAUCAUUCGAGAACAGGGUUUGGCGUGGGAGCAACAAGCGAAGAUGUAUAUAGGGUCGAAUCUUUCAGACGGUGCCCUUGAGGUGGUACAGGUUGUCGAGGAGCAUGGCAAAGAAAAGCAAGUAUCACUGUAA